AUGGCAGAGACCGCACCAAUUGCACCUCCCGCUGAAAGCGCCGCUCCUGCCAAGAAGCAGCCGAAAAAGAAGGCAGCUGUAUCAGGUGGAGCCAAGAAAAGCCGUCCUGCAAAGUUCGGUCCCAGCGUGUCCGAUCUGAUUUUUAAAGCGGUGUCCGCUUCUAAAGAGCGCAGCGGGGUCUCCCUGGCAGCUCUCAAGAAGGCUCUGGCUGCGGAAGGCUACGAUGUGGAGAAGAACAACAGCCGCCUCAAGCUGGCUCUCAAAGCCUUGGUGAGUAAGGAGCGGCUCGUCCAGCUGAAAGGCAGCGGGGCCUCCGGCUCGUUCAAGGUGAACAAGAAGCAGCUGCAGAGCCAGGAGAAAGCGGACAAGAAAAAGGCGUUGCCUGCAGCAAAGGCCAAAUCCAAUAAAGCAGCAAAGCCAAAGAGCAAAGCGGCCAAGUCCCCCAAGAAGCCCAAAAAGGCUCCAUCUGCUGCAAAGAAAAGUCCCAAAAAGGCCAAGAAACCCGCAGGCGCCAAGGUUGCCCCUGCAAAAAGCCCGAAGAAGCCUAAAGCCGCCAAGCCCAAGAAGGUAGCAAAGAGCCCGGCUAAGAAAGCUGCCAAGAGCCCAGCUAAAAAGGCCGCUAAACCCAAAGCCAAGAAGGCGGCUGCUAAAAAUUGAUCGCUCCCUGCUCAGUCCUCACAACCAAAGGCUCUUCUAAGAGCCACCAACACUUUCCAACAGAGCUGUGACAUUGUUCACGUUUAACUUCGUUUUGUUUUUUAUUAUGUAGCUGAUGAUUCACAUCAAUCUGUUCUGCAGGGCACAGAAGAAUAAGUUAAAAUGAGUAAUAAACCUACAGUAAAUGGAUUGUAAAUACAUGUAGUUAAUUAACUAAUUACUUUAAAAUACUUGUCUAUAGUACAUAAGUGUUGCCUUAUCCUGUACAGUGAAUGUCUGCGCUAAUGUAUGUUGGUUAAAACAGUAAUUUUCACAUCACGGUCUGUAAUUGUAGAGCAGAAAUCUCAGCGAUAAUAAGAUUAAUAAUACUAGUAAAACGCAGUUCAGUUUAUAAGGGGCAAUAGUUUAGCUCCACUGUAGAAUACAUAAUUGCUUUGCUGAUACCGACUGGAGCUGCAGCUGUGAGUAUCUGAUUAUGAAAUAGGGAAGUGCUCCGUUUAUUAGCACAUUGUGCAGAAUGACCAGUGUAUAUCUUGUUAAACCCCAGUCUCAGCUGACACCGAGGCAUUGGCUCAGGGUUUGAAUACAGAGAACGUCCUAUGUGUAACAUUUAGUUCAUUAUGGAAAUGAUUCACAAAUACAAUGUAUAACCUAGGAAUAAAAGUUACAUUGUUUCCA